AACAUCUGUUUGUGUUCCAUCUCUACAAGCAUUCUUUUUGCACAGUUUUUAAAACAGGCCACGAUGAGCGACAGCGAUGGAAAUGACAGUUUCUGCUCAGCAUACGAUGACAAUCCAGCCAACAUUCGAUUUCCCCUCAGCCAUGAUGAACUCGAAAGCCUCAACAAAAAACUUACUCGCGUUGUUUACAUCCAACAAACAGAUGCAACUUAUCAUAGGGCUUUAAAUGACAUUAGGGAUCAAACUUCGAUAUCCCUAAUGGUAGAGCCGAGUUUUUAUGGACGCCAUCAAGUAACGUCCGUUUUGGCUGUGGCAACAGCCAAUGAGACCUACAUCAUGGACAUCAAAGCCAUUGGAUCCAUUUAUCCGGAAAUGGCCAAGAUUCUAGAGGCGGAUCAGCCCCGAAAAAUUGUGCACUACAGCCAUCGUAUUUCGGACCAUUUGCGGCACAAACACGGAAUAAUACUGGCCGGUGUUUGCGACUCCUUUGUGGCAUUGUGCAUGGCGCGGCAGGAAAAAUCGCCGUGCCUUUUACCAGAGGCUAUAUCCUUAGUAUUCGGACUGCCAUUGAAGGACCUCCUUUGCGAAGAGGUGAUGGGAAGCAGUGAGUCGCGGAGAAACUUUACCGCUCGCCCCCUGACCCCCAGUCAACUGAAGUACAUGGCCAGGAUGGUUCAACUGCAGCACAGGAUGCACGAUCGCCUGAUCUAUAACAAUAUCUGCGCCCAGGUGCAGCGCAUGUCGAUGGAAUUCAGCAGAAACUAUUCAGGCUUCCAGUCUUCGGAUGUGGCUUUAAAUAUGAGCCCCAGCAGUCGCUUUGGCUUCCACCUGAUAGAUCCCUGCUAUAAAAUUGCAGACGAGGGAGUCGCGCUGCCCACGCCCGAGGAGAUCGACCAUCACGAGCUUGAGCAACAAAAAGGUCGCAAGUAAAUAGAACACUUCGAGAAGAAUAGUAUUAAUAUCUUGAGCAAAAUAAUUCUCAUCCGCUGAUGCUGGCAGGCCAAAGAAUUUGCACGAUACACAUAAAAAGUUCCUUCAGCCUUGUCUCAUACAUUAAGCAAUUAGUUUUAUUUUAUUUACAUUUACUCCUCAUUUCAUGAAUAACCUGAAUACUACUAAAUAAAAUUGAAUUAAUGCUAGUGAGAAGUUUUGCCAACCUAAAUUUUAAGUUAAUCUUAAGAUGGUCCAAUACUGCUUACCUUAUAGUAUAUAAAGCUUGAAAAAAUAAAA